AUGGCAGACGACGGAAUCGUCGAUGAUUAUGUUUGGGCAGUUGACCGCCUCGAGAAUAUCCUCGUUCAGCGCUGUUACCAACCUGAUUCAGCGAGGAAACUCUCUAGGCUACUUAAAGAUGACCCCCUGCCGGGAAAUAGAGCCGAGAUAAUACGAGAAAUUGAUUUAGUCCUUUUGCGUCUUCAUGAAAAGUCCAUUAAUGAUUCUAAAGCACUUCUGACGUUCAGAAGUAACAUCGAUGCAACAUAUGAAUCCAACUCGCCUUCCAAGAAUGAGAUUCUUGAUAUUUUGGAGCUCCUUACAUAUGUUGCAAACAUCAGGAACCCGACCUUAACUCCUCCAGCCAGGAAUCGACAACCCGACGACCCUCCUGAUAUAGGAACUCGUCUUAACGGAGACUUGAGAGUUGUCAAAUACUUAUAUUCACAGGACAAAGAAAAGCUAAAAAGCGUUCUCUUGGGUGCCAGAAUCGAAACGGUAAUCGUGGACCAUUUGCUUCUUAAAAUGGAUCAAAUGAUCGCUUCCAGUGGAACUUCGGGCGGAAUACCUUUCAUCUACGUCUUACUGAGUGUGAGACACAGGCUAGGGCAGAUACCCAGCCUAAAUCUGUUCAGAGGGAGAGUGCAGACUUCCAAUCUGCUUCUGAAACUAGCAGUAUGCCUGAAGAAGCUUGAAUUGGUUAGAUACCAACGCUUUAAUUCGGCGAUACAACAAAUCCAAGAGUUGUUGGACCCCGAGCGCUUUCUUCAGGUCACUUUAGAAGUACAGAACCAGACCCAUUACAUCUGGCAGACUUUGACAAGAAAAGUAGGCUUCAACGGCGACGCAAAUUCCCUUGGUGGAUUGAUCACAGCUGCGGCAAUGGAUUAUUCGAACGCUGAACAUGAGAUGUUUAUCGAGGCGGUAAACAGGCUUUACGAUGAUAUCCAUACAAGCCUGACGACAAAAGAGUUUGACAAAGAAUUUACAAUUGCAUUAGCGCGGUUCUCUGGUAGUAUUGCGGGGAUGACAAACAUUCCGGGACACAGAGAUUUAGUGCAAGCGACCAACAACUCUCUUACACGUCUUUUGAUCAAACAAGAAAAAGAAGUGGUUUGGCUAAAGUACGUUCGGUUACUGGAGGAUGGAAUCUACCUUGCUGCAACUAUAUGCUGGUGGUAUUGUGGAUGCAAAACAAAAGAUCUCGACUAUGCUUGUUGGUUUCAAUUCUUUAUUGGAUCCUUUGCUGUGAGCGUCUUAUACUCAGUUAGUUUGACUGAAACGAUAGCUUAUGUCAAAAGAAGAUCUUCUCAAUAUUGGCACCCGGAGAGGUUUUAUCGGUCGGCUCUUGACGAGGUGAUUCCCCCUGAUUUCGAUGAGGAACGAGAGGCUUUGAACGGAGCUUUGAACCUUACGGGUUUGGUGGAGAUAACGAUGAAGAUUCUUAAAAAAUGGUCUGUCCCGGACAAGCUAGUCGAAGCACAUCGCAUGAACUUGGCCCAGUUUAAUUUUCAAGCGACUCCACUACAGCGAGAAGUUAUGCAGAUGCAUAUCGAUCAGUUUUGUAGGGGCGCCAUAGACUGCCGGAACAGAGCGUUUUUACUUAAUCAAAUAGUCAUUUUCAAUGACCAACUCGACCUGCCUGAACGCCCGGAAUUUGUCAGAGAAUCACUAACGGUGAAAGCUCUGUCAGAUGCGAUGAUCUUGCUGCUUCCACGGAAACAGCAUAUAAGAUCUCGGAAGGGAAGAUUAUUUUUUUCCAAUCCAAACUUCCUCGUUAUGGCUGUCAUGAUAUUGGCAUUGUUUAUUGUGAUACCAGUCUUCUUCACUUUAAUUGAUCCUGCGAGUGCCUCCAAAAGUACAGUCGAUACCCACAAUUCUACACAAACGAGCAUCACCGAUGUCAUUGGACAAACCAGCAUCACCGAUAUCACUGGUCAAACCAAUAGUACUGGUAUUGUGAAUCAAACUAAUAGUACAUCAGACCAAGGGAUUGCUUUCAAGGAGAAGCUAUCAAUUAUGUUGAUGGGAGCAUCCGCUGGGCGGACGGCGAAGCGACUUAUCAAUCUCCCUUGUUUCCAGGCUGGCCUCGGUAAGUUACUCCGAUUGACGGACAGCUAA